AUGUUAAGUAGUGAUAGAACGCGUGAAUUCUUUGAUAUAAUUGAUGAGAGUGAUAGAAAUGAGACAAAUAGCUAUAUAUUAGCUGCUUCAAAUCAGAGCUACUCAAAUUCAAUUAAAGGAAGCCAAUUCAACUUAUUAGCCUCUGAAAUAAGUCAGGAGAUGAACUCUACUUCUAUAAAACUUCAAGAAUUAAACCGUUUAGUUAAAUAUAAAGGUUUAUUUAGAGAUAGAAGUAGUCAUAUUCAAGAUCUAACCGAAGAAAUUAAACAGAGUGUUACAGACUUAAAUUCAAAACUAGAAAUCCUUCAAAAACAUGCAGAGCAAGGUUUUCCUUCUUCUGGAGGCUAUUAUCAAAGCAAUCAGCACUAUUCUGCAAUGGUAGAAACCCUAAAGACAAGAAUGUUGGAUAUAACAAAAGGAUUUAGGGAUGCAUUACAGAAGAGGACCGAGACAAUGCAACAACAGGACUGGAGGAGAAAUUUAUAUACAUAUACUUCAAAUAACUCCGGUUUACAACAAAUAUCUUCAGCUAUGAGUUCUAAGAUUUCUGGAAAUAUACCUGGAAAUAAUAAAUACAACAAAGUUCCUUUUGAUAUCGAAAGUGGAUUAGAAGGAGAGCAGAUGAUGGCUAUGCAAGAACAAAACCAAUCAUUUUCAUAUGCACACUCCAGAGCUGAAGCUGUUGAAAAUGUUCAAAGAAUGAUUGGAGAAUUAGCUCAAAUUUUUCAGAAAGUUGCUGGGAUGGUUACUCAACAAGAAGAAAUGAUACAGAGAAUAGAUGAAGAUAUUACCAAUACAUUUUCUAAUGUAGAGCAUGGACACAAUGAACUUUUGAAAUAUCAUCAAUAUGUGAAAUCAAAUCGAGGUCUCAUCAUCAAACUAUUUGCUAUGAUUAUUGCAUUCAUAAUAUUUUUUGUUAUAUUUCUAACAUAA